UGAGGGUAUAUUCGGAUGUAAGAAACAAUGGUAUUAAGCAGCGGGACGGAAGGGGGAUAUCACGUGGACUGAAGCGGCGCAGGCGCGCGUUGUGCGGUCCACGUGCUCUGUGUUUCCUUGCUCCUCCCGCCCCCUCUUACGCCGCGGUAAUUUGGUGCUUCGUACUCGGUCAACUGUCGGAGCUCGAGCCCUUCCCUUUCAAUCGAUCUUUUUCCCCCGCAGCCCCCGCCCCUUCACGACCCUUGUCAGGCGAGGAGCGCGUGCUUCGUGCGCCGCCCAAGCGGAGUUCGGAUUCGGGGUCGAAGUCCGCGGCGGGCAGGCUCCAGAUAGCCCCGAGCCACCCACCACCUUCCUCAGUUCACUUCGAGGGGGCGGCACAGCAGUAGCCGCCGCCGCAGCUCCCCAAAGGGCCGCCGCUGCACAGCCCUGGUCUCGUCGCCUCUGCUGGCAGAGCAGGAGGUGCCCCUGGCUGGGAGAGGUUCUCGGGCCCUCGUGCUGCACUGUCUCCUCGCGGAGAGCCUAGACUCGAGUCAGCAUGCAGAUGUUAUGGCAAGCAUUGACAUGCAAUUGUGCUUGUCAAGCAGCACCAGAGAGAAAUUGCGCAGGCGCAAGUAGUGGAUACAACUUGCAUUCUCUCCUUCAAGAAUUCUCCUUCAGAUUUUACAUGAGUCAGUUGCACAUCAGCUUGGCUCAAAGAAGCUAGUAAACACAGUUCUGGGUUGUGCUGAUGAUGCACUGGCUGGAAUAGUGGCCUGUAAUCCUGCUCUUCAGCUCCUUCAGGGACACAGAGUGGCAUUGCGUUCCGACCUGGAGAAUGUGGAUGGCAAAGUGGCUCUUAUUUCUGGAGGAGGAUCAGGACAUGAGCCUGCACAUGCAGGAUACAUUGGGAGAGGAAUGCUCACUGGAGUGGUGGCUGGUCCAGUAUUUACUUCUCCUGCAGUAGGUAGCAUUCUAGCAGCAAUCCGGGCUGUGAGAGAAGUGGGAGCAGUUGGGAUACUGCUAAUAGUGAAGAACUAUACUGGAGACCGUCUGAACUUUGGUCUGGCAUUGGAGCAGGCACGGGCGGAAGGGGCUACUGUGGAAAUGGUGGUGAUUGGUGAAGACUCUGCCUUUACCACACUUAAGAAGGCUGGCAGGAGAGGGCUGUGUGGCACAGUACUUAUACAUAAGGUGGCUGGGGCUCUGGCUGAGAAAGGUGCUGGUCUGAAUGAAAUUGUUCGCAAAGUUCUCGCUGUUGCAGGAGCAAUGGGCACCCUUGGGGUGAGUCUGUCUCCCUGCAGUGUCCCUGGAUCCAGACCCACAUUCCAGCUUGCUGAUGAUGAGCUUGAGCUAGGCUUGGGAAUCCAUGGUGAAGCUGGUGUGCGCAGGAUGAAGAUCACAACAGCUGAUAAGAUCGUCAAAACAAUGCUGGAUCACAUGACUAAUCCUUCCAGUGCUUCACAUGUGACACUCAGGCCUGGUACUUCUGUUGUCUUGAUGGUGAACAACCUUGGUGGCCUGUCCUACCUUGAGUUGAGUAUAGUAGCUGGAUCUGCUGUACGCUGUCUUGAGAGCAGGGGCAUUCACAUUGCCCGAGCUUUGGUUGGCUCCUUUAUGACUGCACUGGAGAUGGCAGGUGUCUCCCUUACUCUUUUGCGUGUGGAUGAUGAACUCUUGAAUCUCAUUGAUUCUGAAACUACAGCUAUAGCUUGGUCACAACCUACCAAGGUGCCUGUGUCUGGCCAGAGAAGAGAGCGAAUAGGACCAAAGGAGUGCCCUGAAGAAGAGGAGCAGUGUUUCCCAGCUGGAGUACAGUUCUCCCCACAGAUGAGACUAGUUCUUGACAGUGUGUGCAAUACAUUGCUGAGCCUACAGGAGAAGCUGAAUGAUCUAGAUCGUGCCGCAGGUGAUGGGGACUGUGGAAGCACACAUGCACGUGCUGCCAGAGCAAUCCAAGAAUGGCUGACUGCAACACCUGCACCGGUGGACCCAUCUAAGUUGCUCUGUGUCCUAGCAAAGUUGUUGCUGGAGAAGAUGGGAGGUUCUUCAGGGGCGCUCUAUGGACUCUUUCUGACAGCAGCUGCUCAGCCCUUACGCCUUGACAAUGACUUGGCAGCCUGGUCAGUAGCCAUGGAUGCUGGUAUCGAAGCCAUGAUGCGGUAUGGAGGGGCUGCACCUGGAGACAGAACCAUGCUGGAUUCACUCUGUGCUGCUGCUGAAGAGCUCAGAGCUCUGAAGAACCCGAAGGCUAAUCUGAUGCAAAUUCUGGAUAAAGCUGUAGAGCGGGCAGAAGCUGCUGCUGAAUCCACAAGGAACAUGAAAGCUGCCGCAGGCAGGGCCAGUUACAUCAGCUCAGCCCACCUAGAGGAGCCAGACCCUGGUGCUGUGGCAGCUGCAGCUAUUCUUCGUGCAGUAUUGGAAGGGUUACAGGCUAAAGCAGAGUAGCUUUGUGACAGUGCCUUCUUUUGACUCCGACUGAUUCAGCACCUGCUAAAAUGCCACAUUACCUCUCCUGCACUGGGCUUUUUGCUUUAAUCAAAGUAUCCUUGAAUUUGUCUCCUACUGUCAUUUCUCGCCAAUCCUAGCUGCCUGAGAGCCUCAUUGCAGUGAAUGGAUGUAGUGAUUUCUGUAACCUUAUGUGUACGAGUAAAAGAUUGCUCUAUAUUUGGGACCAAUACUUUUCCUUAUGCUUUGAAUUCUGGUUAUAAUAAAGAAUCCUGACUCCUGAAA